AUCGCCCUCCCCGCCACUCCCAUCUCUGAGGCGAUCUUCAAACGACACAACUUCGAGCUGGUGGUACCGGAAGUGGGUGCAAAGUACGCGCAGGUCACUGAGGCUGCGCACACAUUCGACAAACACUCGGGCAGCAUCAAGAGCCCGUACUGUGAGGUGUGCGGAGGCUCAGUCAAGACCACGCCGGUCAUGUGCAGUGUGUGUGCGCUGGUGGUACACUCCAAGUGUGUGGACGGCAAACGGACUGUCCAGUGCCUUGACGUGGUGAUGCAGGUCAGUGGGUGUGUACAACGCGUACCGGUAUACAUUGUACUGUCUCGGUUUGAGGAAGUUAUAAGGAAUACUUGUAUGUAUUGCAUUGUAUCGAGAUUUACUAAGGAUAGGAGUGGGGGGCGGAGAUGUGCUCCUGCACUCGAGAGGGCAAAACCUUUCUGUCGAGUACCCCACGAGCAGAACAGUACACUGAUCGAGGAAGUGUACGGUACGACCCCAUUUGGCACAAGAUCGCCUACUAACUCUCGAGAUAGUGCUAUCGUAACCAUAUAG